AUGAGUUUCAAAGUCACAGUACUCUGCGUUGCUACUUUCCUAGUCCAGUACAUCUCCGGCCAAAACUGCGGCUGCAUCACAUCGCCCAACAACGGCGGCGUCUUAACCGUGAACAGCAACGGCCCCAUCAUUCCCUCCGGCCUCUCGCUUGGCGCGGAGCUAAGCCUCGCCGGGGAGUUAGGCCUCUCCGGCGCGCUGCCGUUCCUGAGCGCGGUGGCGUUCGAAGGCACGUACCCGACCAGCGGGUCGGCUGCGGUGUCGUACGGGUGCGGAGAUACCGUCGCCAUCACGCAGGAGCGCGGGAACCCGAGCGGGAACAAUGCUAACGUUAACUCCGGCUCUCCGUUUAUUAGUACGUGUGGUUGCAGACGCUCUUAAACUAUAGUUAGAUGUAU